AUGCCGACUUACUGGACUUGCCGUGAGACAGCCCUUGACUCGCUUGACAAAGAAACUGUCGACAGCAUCUAUACGGACUGGGAGAGCAAGUUGAGUACAGCCGAGUUUGACUUUGAUGGGGAAGUCAUCAACACAAGAGCAUAUCGUCGAGCUCUCGCUCAGGCACGAGCCAAACGCAGCCGAGAUCUUCUACACAAAGCGCUUGACAUCCACGCCCGGGUUCCUAAUGCCGGGGUCCUAGAAUCAGUUGAGGAUACCAUUGAUCUGACCUAUGGGUCGAGUCAACAAACUGCUUCGGUGCCGUCAGAUUUGUCCUCACAGUUGUACAGGGACCUCUUAGGUCUGCAGUUCAUACCGAGAAAUGUGGACGGAAGGGCGCAUAGCCCUGAAAGCCUUGGCAGUUGCUAG